AUAACAGAGAACCGAGCGCAGAAAUAGAGAGCAGUCGCGCCAACGUUGAAAAAACUGAAGUCUAUGCUGCUGCCACCUGUAUUAUAUUUUGUGCACUAUUCAGGGAAGUGUCAAAUUCUAGAAAAUUCAAAAUGGGUCACGGUUUUGGGGGAUUGUACAAACUUAGGGGUAUUGUUACAUACCGUUUAUCACCCUUCGAACUGAAAGCGUUCGGGGGCAUAAUUUCCCAUGGCAUUCCAAAUACUAUUCGUAGAACAGCAGAAAGUAUUUUGUACAUUGUUCCCCCAAUUGCAUUGGGAUACUUGUGUUACAGUGAGAUCGAAAAAGCCCAUCACAGGACUAUGCUUAAAAACCCAGCCGAUUUUGAAAAUGACAAGUGAAUGUUAUAGAAUAUAAAUUGUAGAUAAUUAUUUAAUAAACUGUACCUAAAGAGA